AUGUCUUCAGCUGAAAAGGACUACAACGAUAUGACACCCGAGGAACGUGAGGUACACGAUAAGGCUGCUCGCGAGAAAGAAGAGGCCGAACAAGCUCAAUUGCCUUACAAGUGGCGACAGACAUUGCAGGAUGUUGAUGUGACCAUUCCUGUUCCCAAAGGCACCCGUGGACGUGAUUUGCAAGUGGAGCUCAAGAAAAAGUAUAUCAAGGUGGCAUUGAAGGGUCAAUCGCCACUUAUCGAGGGCGAGUUAUGCAAAGAAAUCAGGGUUGAUGAUAGCACUUGGACACUUGACAACCAGCAAGAAGUAUCGGUGCAUUUGGAAAAGAGCAAUCAAAUGACAUGGUGGGAGAACGUCGUGACAAGUGCACCCAAGAUUGACACCAAAAAGAUCCAGCCUGAAAACUCAAAAUUGGAUGAAUUGGAUGGCGAGACACGAGCCAUGGUGGAAAAGAUGAUGUUUGAUCAGCGUCAAAAGGCGAUGGGAUUGCCUGAUAGCGACACUUUAAAGAAGCAAGAGAUCUUUAGCAAGUUCAAGCAACAGCAUCCUGAGAUGGACUUUAGCAAUGUAAAGUUUGAGUAA